AAACGAAACCCUAACACUUAUCCGAGUCGGCGCGCCGUCUCUUCUUUGGACCUCGCUUCUAACCCAGAUCUAACCCUAGUUAACUCUCUUUUUCAAUCUUCAUCGUCUCCGAUCAAACCCUAGAUCAAGAGAUCUUCCUUCGAAUCCAUGGCGGUCAACAAGCAUAUGCGAUCGAUGAAGCGGGCGAAGCAGCGACGGAUCACAGCGGAUCUCCACGAUCUCCUCACUUUUCCGGCCACCGCCGACGGGAUCUCGGCGGAUCUCCACGGCCCCUUCAGAGAGAACGUCAAAGCGUUCGUCGAUCGUCACGCGCGGGCCUCGCCGGCGCACGCUUUCGCUACGGGGUCCGUCGUGUGGACGUGGCGCGUGGCGUUCAAAGUUGGAGAGGCGGUGGAGAGCGGUGAGACUCCGGCGACGGUGGAGCUCGUUAUCGCGUUGGAGGAUGUGGCGAGAUCCGGGUCUGUCUAUUGUGAUCAGUGCCGCAUCGUAGGUUGGAGUGGUCAUCCUGUGUGUAAAGAGCGCUAUCACUUCAUAAUCCAAAACAAGGACGAUGACGUACCAAACGGUUAUGUUUGCACAAGAUGUGGUAGCACAUCAAUUUCAUGCAAUUUAAGGUGCAAUAUGUGCGAUCAUGAGAUGUUAAUUGAUGAAUUAGAAAACUCCUCAUGUCCUAAAUUGGAUGAUCCUAGUCAUCUGCUGCAUGGCGUGGUGCACACCAAUGGUUAUGGCCACCUUCUUCGGGUUAAUGGCCGAGAAGGUGGGUCUAAACUUCUUACAGGAUAUCACAUUAUGAGCUUUUGGGACCGGCUAUGCAAGUUACUGCAUGUCAGAAAAAUUACCGUGAUGGAUGUCUCCAAGAAAUUUGGAUUGGAGUACAGGCUCCUUCAUGCCAUUGUUUCCGGCCAUCCAUGGUAUGGCAAGUGGGGGUACGAAUUUCAUGCCGGAAGCUUUGGCCUUACAGCUGCCGCAUACCAGAAAGCUAUAGAUACGCUCUCGAGCACUCCUCUGUCUCUCUUCUUCAGCCAUAGCAGAGGACCCCGGUCACAAUUGCAGAACACAAUUAUGUUUUAUUGGGCCCGUUCUGGCUACCAACUUGUCACACUAAGGGAUCUCUUCGCCUACGUGAUACAACAGCUCAACAUUGCUGAUGAGGAAAAACAAGAGAGUAAUUGCACGAAACGGCAAGAGAUGGAUGUGGAGCAUACCUUAGGAGAGAUCUGUAAGGUCAAUAUUGAGCAAGUUGAGACCACUUUGAUUAAGAUCCUCAAGGCUGCUGGCAGGUCCCAGUGGGUGCCUGCACAUGCUCUUCGAGGGGCAGCAUGCAGAAGAGCCAAAUCACCAGAGAUGAUCAAUAACUGCCUCCAAACCAUGGAGGGUAAGAUACUGAGUGAUGGUUCAAUUAUCACUGCCAGAUACAAUGCAGGCGCAAGAACCAUGGAAUACAGCCUUGAAGCAGCCCGGAGCCAGCCAUUACUGGACAAGAACAUUAAACAAACAACAGAACAUAAACUCCGUGAUCUGAAAUUUUUGUAUAAUUCCCUAUUAAAUCCAUCAACCAUGGAGGCUUACAAGCCCAAGACAAGAAGAGAGUCAGCCAUCAGUGCUGCAGCAACACUUCUUGAUUGCAAGCAACUUAUUAAGCACUAUGAUGAGGCUUCUCAUUGGCUAUUUUCAAAUCCAUUGGCCUUUACCAUAUGGUGCCAUUUUGAAGCAAAUGGCAAUAUUGCUCCACCGCAAGAACCAGUCACAUUGCCACUUUCAGCAACCAUUGCUGACCUGAAGCACGAGGCUACAAAAGCUUUCCAGGAAACAUACCUGACCUUUCGACAUUUUCAGGCUGAGCAGCUCCUGGAUUAUCACUGGAUGGAUGACAAGUUUCACGUGAAGAACUUGAUUGGCUUCAAUGGGACAGUGAGGAUCAAAGGGAAGUGCCUCGAUGAACAAAGACUUGCUGAGUUCAACAUGGAGAGAGGUAUAGAGGACUGGGUGGUUGAUUGCACCUGUGGAACCAAGGAUGAUGAUGGUGAGAGGAUGGUAGCUUGUGAUGCUUGUGGAGUGUGGCAGCAUACUAGGUGCGCUGGCAUCCAUGAUUUUGAGGAAGUGCCUGCACAAUUUGUGUGUGUGACAUGCAUCCACGACCAAUGCAAGCCAGUAGGCCGUGCUCGUAAAAGACCUAGAACCAGCCCCCAUGGUGCCUUUAGAUGCAAGAAUGAUGUAACUUCAACCAUCCCACAAGCACACUUGUGGGUGGAUGUGUAAAUUGUACAGUUCAACUGUUUAUAGAUAAGAAGGGCACAGCUCUGCCUCUUUGUUUUAUUUUCA